AUGAAUUUCGAUUUGGACGAUCCUCUAGAAGGAUUGCUCAGUGAUGGCAGUAAUGAUAGCUUGUUUGGAAACGAAACUACCAAAAAGCCGACCAAAACAAGCAAACCCGGUAAGAUGGAGGACUUGUUCGGUAUCAAAACGAGCACAGCAACUCAGCUUCCCAAAACGGUGGAGCAAUCCAGCACUGGAGCAGAAAAAAUGCAACCGGCAUCACUGGAUUACACGAAACCUUCGACCACAUCGACCAUCAACCAACCAUCAAGCUUAACCAGCAUGCAGGGAAGAAAAUCGGACACCCCGGCAAGUAAGCUAACUGGCUCAGCUAUGUCCACCAAAGCUGCCACCCCACAGAAAAAGGAAAUUUCAUUCGAUGAUAGUGAUUUGCUGGCAGAUCUGGGAUUUGAUCCUAAAAAACCUAAAACCAAAUCCAGCAUUCUUGACGAUAUUCUGGGUGGUUCUCUAACGGCAUCAACGAAGGAAAUUCCACCGAAAAGUGUUAUGGCUAAACCUAGACAAAGUCUUACCACGACUCUAGAGGAACCGCCUACCACGGGAAAAGCUGCACCUCGCCAAUCUUUAGAAACUUCCGAUCUCCCACCGCCCGAAAGCACAGUUACCGGAAGUUACGCACCUAGUGGCGGAAACACGGCUCCAAGUUCCGGUGUACUGCCCAAGAGAAGCGGACGCCGAAAGUCCUCCGUAUCCAUGCUAAACGAUCCUUUAGGACUAUUUGCCUCAACUACGGAUGAAAAGACUGCUCGCGCUGAAGUGAAGCAAGCGAAAAAAGCUGGCGCCGAUUGGUUAGGUUUGAAUGAUGAUACACCUGCGAAGGAACUAGAUCCUAUUCAGAUGAGUGCAACACUAGCCAAACCACGUGAAGCCACGGUACCCAAUGUACCAGUUGCUUCAAUUGCACAACCACCGCAAGCUGUUUCCAUUGAAGUUCCUGUGCCAGCGAAGACGGAAAAACAUCCUCCACCUACCGAAAUGAUCAUUGCUACUUCCCAACCCAUACCCAUUAUUCAACCCAAAUCGAUAUUUCCUGACCCUCAAACGGUCACCAACACGCUCCAGAUCGGAGAGGCAGAAGCACAGAGCGCAAUUGCGGCAAUGCAGCAGCAAGAGUUCCAACUAUCCGUUGCCGGACAAAUGAAAACUCAAGAACAAGCACUGAUCGAUAUGCAACAGAAACAACAGGCAAUUUUAAAAAGACAGGAAGCUCAAUUUAACGAUCUGCUCCAGAAACAAAUGCAACGCCACACUGCCCUAGAAGAGGUACUUGCCAAACAGCAGCAACGAAUAAAUGCAAAUAUUCAACUCAUUAUGAGUCAACCAACUACAAUGCCCGCCAAUCCAUUCAUUGAUCGAGAUGGGUUAGAAAGUUCCGAAAGGGGCUUCAAACACCUUCCCGAAAAUUCGAAUCCAACAGAGAAGAUAGAACUCCAAACAGAUGUGAAGCGGUUGGAAAUGGAAAAAUUACGCCUGGAAGAUAUGGUUUCGAACCUUUCGGCGAACCACGAGCAAGAGCUAUCGAUACUCGAAUCAAGCUACAAAAAACAAAUGAUUUUCCUCGAGGACAGUCUUCGCAUCAUUGAAGCUAGGCUAAAGCACGAUAACAAGCAAUUGGAAGAGUUUUACCGGACCAAACUAAGCAUCGCCGAACAAGAGAGGGAAAAGCUGGUUAAAGAUCACGAAGCAAAGGUACAGUCGAUGGAGGAACAGCACCGUAAGGUGAUCGAACAACUAAAACAAGGCUACGAAGAAAGUUUGGAACAGUUGCGGCAAGAUCAUCGAGAAAUGAUAGCCACCAUACGUGAAUCAAAGAUGCUUGAAUUUUCCAUCGUGCAGGAAAAUGAAUCCUAUCUAAAGACGCUUAAAAGUGCCUCCAGCUAUCUGGAGAAUGCGUCCGGAGAUCUACAACAGCUUCGGGACACGCUGCAGGAACAGAUCGAAUUUUCACAGAAAGAAAAAGAGCUUCAGUUGAAGCACCGUGAAAAACAACUCGAGGAUCAACAAAGGUUGCUCGAGCGUUCCCGGGUGGCUGCUGCUGAGGAAAACGUUCGUCUGCUUAAUUUGGUUGAAACGCUCGAAAGUAAAGUUACCGAAAUGACAAAGAUAUCCUCGGAAGAGCGUUGGGAGUAUCAACAAAAGUGCAUUAAACUCGAGGCGGAAAAGCAGAGCCUCGAUAAAGAAAAGCAAUUUCUUCGCGACCGACAAGAAAGAGAAGAAUCUCGUAUCGCUGAGCUUAAGCAAACACAGCUAGAAGAACACGCUCGACUGAUGGACAAAGUGGCACAGGAACGGCAAACCUUAUCGGAGGAGAAAGCCAAACUGGAAACUAUUGCCCAACUAACAUCCAACGCUAAUGCGCUUGGUUCGGGAGUGUCUCGUCGCGCUGAAGUGGACGCUGCCCUUAAGGUAGCUGAAGAAGCGGCCCGUCAAGCAGACUCGGAGAAAGAUCGUUACUUACAGUUACAGCGUCAGCUUGAAUCGAAACGUCGCGAAAUGCAGACGCGCGAAAGCAAACUACGUGAAGCCAAAGAGGAACUUGAGUCCGCCAUCGAUCGAGCUACCCAAAGGGAACGUCACGCAGAAUCGGUCUACCGUACUCUUCGCAAAUCGGAACAGAACAUGCAGCUCAAGAUGCAGCUAGUGCAGCGCCAGUUCCGUGAGGUGUCCGAGCGCGAAGAUCGGCUAGCUAAAGAGAAGAUCGAGUUCAGCAAGGAACGGAUGGAGCUACAGGCAGCACGUCGGAAGAUGUUACAGACACGCUGCAGUCUGUGUAAAAUAGGCGACAAGUCGCAGGAAAUCGGUGAUCUACUCACAACCAACACCGAUUCCGUGGCCGACGAUCUAAAGCUGGAAGCGAACUUUGCCGAAAUGCAAAAUCGGUUAGAUAGUACGGCGGUGCGGUUGGAUCACUUUUUCGACAGUGACGUUGAUCGACAAAUGAAACUUUUUCUCGAGCGCAACCAGGUAGAGCUGGGGGAAGAUACCGAGUUGACGAGCCAGCAGCGAAGACGUCGGGAAAUUGAUCGUGAUUUGGCUUUGCUGAGCUUUGAUGCACUUUUUCCACAACUGCGUUCGGGUGAGGGCCCGGGCGAGGGCACAUACGGUGACACACAGAAUGUUCCAUUGUGA